AUGGCCGAUGCACCCACGUGCAUAUGUGCGACAACGAACCCACCAGGAGGAAUUCCUGUGGAGAAGGCACCACAAUUUGUUCUUUUAACUUUCGAUGACUCUAUUCAAGAACGUACACUAAAAGUUGUCAAUGACCUUCUUGGAAAUCGUAGAAAUCCUAAUGGAUGUCCAAUCGGAACAACAUAUUACGUCAGUUUAAACUAUACUGAUUAUUCAUUAGUGACUCAAUGGUAUGCUAAAGGACAUGAGGUCGCUGAUCAUACAAUGACUCAUGCAGCCGGGUUACCUAGACCUCUAGAUGAAAUUGUUGGAAACAAAAAGGCAUUAAAUGCAUUUGCCGGCAUUCCACUUGGAAAGAUUUCAGGAUUCCGUGUACCCUUUCUUGAAAUUAACCCAAAUCUUUAUCAAAUUCUCGCUGAUCAAAAGUUCGUUUAUGACACUUCAGCUACCUCAAUAGGUACAGAUGAUUCAUGGCCUUAUACUUUAGAUAAUGGUUUGUACAGUGGUUGUUACAAAGGUUUCUGUGAUCAAGUGAAACAUCCUGGUCUAUUUGAAGUUCCUAUGGCUGCAAUCCUUGAUGAUAAAAAUACCCCACAUUUAAUGGAUCCUUUACUUGACUAUGCUGGAGAUAAAUUGAAAUUGUUACAAGAUAAUUUUGUCAGACAUACAAAAAAUGGAAAAGUACCUUUUGGCCUUUAUCUUCACCCUGUUCAAUAUUCAAUAGAAAGUAUAGCACCAGGCAUACCAGAUCCAACCCCAACAUUAAACAUAAUGAAGGACUUUUUAGAUUGGGCAAUCAAACAACCAGACGUUUGGUUCGUCACCAAUCAACAAUUGAUAGAGUAUAUGAAAAACCCUGUACCAGCCGAUCAACUCAAAACUUAUGAAGCAUUCCAGUGUAAACAAGCGACUGUCGGCAAAGAGAUUUGUAAUGGAAUGGAUGAUAAUGGCGAUAAACAGAUAGAUGAAGGUUUAACAUUGAAUUGUAAUUUUAACACUGAAGUGUUUAAUACUUGUUAUGGAUGUCCAAAAACGUUACCAUCAUUGGAUACCCCUGUGCCUGAUUCAACAACCAAUCUACGUUUCAGAGUUCCAACUACUUGUGAUACUGUUUGGUGGGACCCAAUUGCAAAUAUGUGUUUAUGCAACUCAGCUUCUUGUGCUUAUAAAGAUAUAAGUCAAAUUCCCGACAUCACCACUACAAAUACCACAUCAUCAUCAUCAACAACAACUAGUAGUGCCGCCAGUAGCACCCCUACAGUCAGUUUUACUAGUAAUGCUAAUUAUUUAACAACAAAUCUUCAAUUCAAAUUAACAGUCAUACCACUUAUUAAAAGUUAA